AAGGCAGCUGUGACCGCCGGCGAUGUGUGUGUGCUGAAGCGGUGCCAGCAGCAUGGCGGUCAAGAUCUGAAGGAGAAGAAGGGAACCAAAAGGAAAGCAGAGGAGGCACCAGAAGGCGACGAAUCUCCACUGGAGGUCUGCUCCAUCAGAAGGAAAACAGCCGGGAUCGACUGCUCUGAGUUGGGGCAGGGAGCCACACCGGCGACGGCGGCGGCAGCCAGGCGCGAGGAGGCUCCGGAGAGAAAGAUGACGAGGCUGCCGCAGGAGGAGGUGGAUUCCAUCCUAACCAAGGAGAUGGAUGACGACUCUCUCCCUCCCGAGUACAAGGCCCUGAAGCGCCACAACCCUGCCCUGAUUCCUUCGCCGGAAGAGGAGAUGGACGAGGACGUGGUGAGCUUCUACAACGUCGUGCGCUUUUUCUACGAGAUUGGAGAGGAUUUCAGGGAAUUCCAGGCCUGGGUCCGCACCGAGUACGCCAAGAAUGGCUACGUCGAGGUGGAUGAUGAGUACCUGCGCCAUCAACAGGAGAUGGAAGCAAUGAACGAAGCAGCACGCAAGGAGGCACUCAAAGCCUUCGAUUUUUCAGACUUGCUCGACUUCUGAUUUGGUGCAGCAUCAGCCUGUGAUGAUUGUAGAUGGAGUUCAUUUUCUCCAGUAUUAUCAUCCAACGACUGUAUUAUGCAACCAAUGUAAUAAGAACUCACUUUGUCGAGUAUUCGAUUCUCUUCUUACAAAUCAGAAGGCAAAAGGGUGAGAUUGUUUCAAAUUCAGGAGUUAAGUAGAAACUGAAGCGUAUCAUGUUAAAAGGGAGGCUAAUGACACCGUAUUAUGCGGCCAAAUUAGCUUCUCCGGCUAAUGUUGUAAAGACCUGGAUGUAUCAGGUUCCUGAACCUUUGUAUGACUGUGUUCAGCUUGACA